AUGGUCUACGUUGAAUUGCAAUACUUGGGCGCAUACUUGCUCGAAACAGAGAGGCAUGGCUUCUCCUUGGAAGAGGUCUUCGAGAUAGUUCAAUACGAGGGCAAUUGUCUUCCUCGUCUCUACUUGCUGGUGACUGUGGGCAUGGCGUCCGAGCCUCAUCGGAAAAGAAAGGAUCGGAUCCUGACUCUCGCGCGCAUGCUUGCGACCAGCGAGUCGGACGAGAUCCUUCAAGACUUGGAUCGGAUGGUUCGUGCGGUACAGCACCCUGUGCGUGGGCUUUUUCUGCGCUAUUUUCUUCUCCAAGUAGUCAAGGACAAACUUCAAGGACUUCGAAGCGGCAUGAUGGGCGCACUGACAUUUCUGCUCGGCACUUUCAAGGAGGUUGUGAUCCUUUGGCAGCGUCUACGACUUGAGGCCUGGGAACUCGAUGAGUAUCGCUUCUCCUUGCGUUUGCUCUUAGGUGCUCAUUUAAUGGAGAUUUCACGUCUAGAAGGCCUGACCACCCAGUUGUAUGCCGAGGUUGUGCUGCCCGAGCUGCUGAACUUGGUACCUGCAUGUGAAGAUGCUGCUGGCCAGGAUACCAUUGAUGAUGCCAAGAAGCGUGCCAUCACAACCACAGCUAGCUAUGACGAGUUCAAAUCUCGUGUUGCUGGCUGCAUGCUGAAGCCAAUUCACAAGAACGAGUUCAAUGAAAGAGCGGAGCUGGUCGUCCACAUGAACUCCGAAGCGGUGCAACGUAUAUUUGGCCGGGAGAUGGAUGCAGAGGUCUUUCAAAAGUUGCUUGAAGCGCUUGAGCAGGUGCAUGCGGCGCAUGUGCCUGCGGGAACCGCGAGACGGUUUCUCACGGACAUGGCGACGUGCUGUCCGUCUUCAACUUCUCAGGCAACUGCUUUCUACUCAGCCGAGGAGCGCAAACUGCUGACUCGGCUGCUGGCCAGGGACAAGGUCUUUGGUGAUGCAUUUCAUUUGCACACCUUGGAGAAAGUCUUAGCCACGUGCGAAGAGGUGAAAGGCAAAAGCGCUUUGGACGUGUCGCUCCGGCUGAUUGCUAGCUUACUCGAGAAUGAAUGUACAGAGUCCUGCAUGGAACUUCUGCGGAGCACUGUGCAGCUGCUAGAAGCUCCUGGUGUGCCAUGCCCAUUGGAAACCAAGCUGGCCCAGGCAGUGGUGGAUCUUAUGGCUGCUCCACUUACUCAGGAGUCAUUGGCUUCGGUGGUUCUGGCAAUGCCUUACCACAAGUCGCUCUUGGCCAUGAUGUCACAGUCCAUGCAAGCUAGAGGAGCUCUAGCCAUGGUCUCCGCGUUGCUCGCUGGAGAUGUAAGGCUUCAAGACUCAGAGACGGUGCAGAACCUCUUCUUGCUCACCGGUCCGCUUCUGCGUGACAAGACCGGCAAAGAUGAUCCAGGUGAAGACUUGAUGAGGCACUUGGAGCAUGAUCCCUUGGUUUUCCGCACUGAGCAAGAGACGAUGGCGCAGUUGAUCCACCAGGUUCGACAGGAUGAUCCCAAGGUUGUCUUCGAAAUGCUUUCAAUACUCUGGAAGCAUUUCGAGCAGGGCGGGCCACACCGAAUCGUCUUCACCGUCCCUGCCAUGGUCGCUGCUGUGCUGGAAUUGGCCAGAAGAGCCGGAGGCCAUGCGGAAAGGUGGCCGGUCAAGAUCUUUGAUUUCACGCACACCCUUUGCUCCAGUCUUGGAACAUUGGCUCCACGGGAGUCUUUGCGACUCUGGCUACUUUGCUCAGCUUGUGCAGACAAUGCAGCGGCAGCGGAGAAGCAGGAAGCAACGAGAACUGAGUUGGUCCAACGCAUCUCGAGUUCGAUGGACAACGCGCUUCUUUGCCUGGAGCGCAACAUUUCGGAGCAAGAGGCUCGUUUGCGUGGCCUCCAGUUGCUGGUGGGCACUUUGCGGCAGAUGCGCCAGGGCAUGGAGGCAACGUCCUUGUGGUCGAUUCCUUCAGGUGAAGCCAGUGAAGGUACUCCUAUGGAAGGGCCUCUCAUUUUUUCUUGA